AUAAAUAAAAGCCGAAUGGUUUAGGUUUCACAUUGGUUUGAUUAUGAAUCUGGCAAUUUUAGAAUGAAGUUCCUCGUUAUUCUCUUAGGUUUUGUGUGUACCGCAGCACUUGCGGCACCAAACGCGCCAAAGGUGCAUUCUUUCCGUAAGAUUAAGGAUACAGAAAUUUUGCCAUCCGAGGAGACCAGGGUAACGCGUGGUCAACGUGCUGCCAGAAACCAAUUUCCCUACCAGGUUUCUCUACAGUGGGCUGAAGAUGAUUUUUCCAUCCACUUCUGCGGUGGUAGUCUCAUUAGUGCAUCGGUGGUUCUCACGGCUGCCAGUUGUGCCGCAGAUUUCGUAGAUAAUACUAGAAACAUUUCGAUCCUUGCUGGAGCUUUAAGUCUAAACGAAAGUUCCUCUUCCAGCCAACGCCGACUUGCUAGCAGCUUUAUCGUUCACGAAAACUGGCCUGUUGUAAGUGAAACGAGCGAUUCCCCAUUUGAUAUUGCUCUAAUAAAAGUAAAUCCACCCUUUGACUUGAGCUCAUCCGUCCAACCUGUUGUACUUCCUAGUCAAGGUGCCGAUGUUUCUGGAUCCGCCGUCUAUUCAGGAUGGGGAUAUACGUCAGAUUCAGAUUACGAUUACCCAAGCAUCCUGCAAUACGCCGACGUAGACAUUAUAUCAAAUGAUCAGUGCGCUGACGUUUUGGUUAGUUUAGUUGGAAGUUCAGAACCUUUGGACGAUUCCCAAAUUUGUACUGACGGAGAGCAAAAUGUGGCCAUUUGUACCGGUGAUGUUGGUGGCCCAUUGGUUCAGAACGGCGUCCAAGUNAAAUAA